GUUGUGCAGAGCGCAAAGCUGCUAGAAAUUUGUAUUUGCGAACUAUGAUCUUGUUAUAUAGUAUAAUAUUAUUGAUAUGCGUGAAUACGAGUGUCCAGAGAACAGACAAUCAAGCCUUCUAUGCGCAGAGCAAAGACGAUGAAUGCGGAUCGCAUUGCUAUAAAAUCGUUAAGCCUUUGCUUCAGUAUGUCGCCUCGGUGCGAGAGAAGGAAAGUCGAUACGACGAGCUCUUAGCCAAAGUGAAAAUCCUUGAACUAAGCCUAAGACAUAAGGAAGAAACUCUUAAAGAUAAGCAAAUUCAAAUAGAAAUGCUCAUGGAACAGUAUAAAGCCUAUAAAGAGAACGAAGCAAUCAAAGCAGAACUAAUCUAUGAGAAAAAUAACAAAAUCCUCGAAUUAGAGACACGAAUCAAACAAUAUGAACUAUAUAAGAAAAUAGAGUUACUUGAAUUAGCAAAUAACACACAAAAUAAGGAAAAUAACAAUGAGGUUUUGAAAAAAAGCAACGACGAAACCACUGUUAAAACCGAUCUGAUGGAAGUUGAAGAAAACAGACACAAGCUGCAGAAGCUUGUGGAAAACCCACAAACAAAUUUUCCUAUUGAUAAUUAUUUAUCAGUCGAUUGUCUAGGCAAACGAUAUAAUGUAUAUUUGUUAAAAAUGUCCGGCAUAGACCGUUUUUCGCCUGUCUGCGAUCCAAGUGUAUCUGUCUCCGGUUGGACAGUGGUACAACGUCGUCGAGAUGGCAGCGAAAAUUUUAAUCGCAAUUGGGACGAUUACAGGGCGGGGUUUGGUGAUCUGCACGGUGAUUUCUUCCUGGGUCUGGAGAAUCUGCACCGACUGACGAAAACAUCUGACCACGAACUCUAUAUACAUAUGGAGGAUUUUCAGAAUGAGACACGCUACGCAUAUUAUAAGCACUUUAAAAUAGGCGACGAGAGCCAAGCUUAUCAGAUCGCAGAUCUUGGCGAGUACUCGGGUGACGCGGGCGAUUCCUUGUCGAGCCAUAAGCAAAUUGCAUUCUCUACACCCGAUCGAUCUACUGAUGGAUGUGCUCAGAUUUUUAAAUCCGGCUGGUGGUUCAACUCGAACUGUUAUAUCUGUAACCUGAAUGGAGCUUAUGUCACGCAAAAUGUUGACAACUCAAAAGCUAUUGAAUGGCGAACUUGGCACUUUAAGCCCCUCAAGUUUGUUCAAAUGAUGAUCAGGAAAAAAGACAAUUAAGAUUACAGCUCAUUUUGAUUUAUAAAGCCUUUUUAUAAAAUCGAUUGAAUUCACACAUGAACCGAUUAGAAGAUAUGACCACUGAAUUGAUUUUUUAUAAAAAUAAAAUUGGUGAUUCAUCUACCUUU